CAUUAAUUAUCUUUAAUUUCGUAUUUGAGGCUUAAAAAAUGGCAUUAUCAAAAAGUUUGCUUCUUCUUGGUUUUACUUUUGCGAUUGUUCUUCUCAUUUCCUCUCAGGUCUCAGCUCGUCGGCUUACAGCUCGGACUUAUCCACCCCAGCAUGCACCGAUAGGCAAUUAUGAAGAUGAAAAUGAAAAUGAACAUGAACAUGAAUACAAACACGAAAACAAACACGGACAGAGACAUGAGUACAAAGAUAAAAAUGGCUACGUACAUGAAAAAAAAGAAAAAAAUGGACAUGGACAUGAAAACAAAGAUAAAAAUGGCCAUGGAUAUGAACACGAAGAUAAGCAUAAACAUUAUUCACAUGAACGGAAAAAGGAUAAUGAUCGUGAACCCGAGGAUAAUCAGAAACAUUCACAUGAACGGAAAAAGGAUAAUGAUCGUGAACCCGAGGAUAUUCAGAAACAUUCACAUGAACGGAAAAAGGAUCAUGAUCGUGAACCCGAGGAUAAUCAGAAACAUUCACAUGAACUCCGCCAAGAAAAACACCAUGAAAACAACAAAUACGACCGAAAAGGAGACAAUAAACAUCCUGGUGUGGUCACCCGAAAAGAGAAGAAAAUGAAGAUUAAUUGAAUUAAUCAACAGAAUAUUUCCUUUUAAAAAGGCUACUCUCGAUUAAUUAGCAUGUUUAUUGUUGCUUAAAUAAUAAUUGGUGCCAAAGUAAGGCCAUAGGUUUUAGCCAUAAAUGGACUUCUUGAAUUAUAAUAUUCAAGUAUUGUCGUAAACUUUUUUUAUUUGAUGUUAUGAAUGUAUAUAAAAUUAUUGUUUCUUUCUUGUC